CUUCCAGAGUCAAUAUUACCGUUGGCAGUCUGUCCAAGUCACACUGGCUCGGCGAUUUCUCAUUGGCCAGGCGACCUCUGCAGUGCAUCCAAUCCCUGCGCGGACCCCUUUCCUCCAGCGCGCGCACCACCUCCACGACGACGCUUUCCUCCAGCAACAUCUCCAUCCACCCAUCCAUCCUUUCUGCCUUUACCUCCUCCCACGCCCGAACCGCACGUCGUCCAAGACUGCUGGCUCAACUCCAUCCCAUUGCCUGCUUCCAAGGCUAAUCGUCGCUCGAUCAGGCUUCCUAUCGUUGACUGGAGUCUCUCUUCCCCUUCUCUCCCUACUUACCGUCCAUCUACCUCCGUGGUAGAACCAUUCACAAUGGAUUCCAACGGCGCAUCCCCUAUUGCACCUACGCCUCCUGCUCCUGCCACCGUCACCCACAAAGAUCCUAAGAUGGCCGCUCAGGCCGCCAACGACAUGAACAUUGUCCGCAGGAAGCUUACUGGAUACGUCGGCUUCGCCAAUCUGCCGAACCAGUGGCACCGCAAGAGUGUGCGCAAGGGCUUCAACUUCAAUGUCAUGGUAGUCGGCGAGUCUGGAUUGGGAAAGUCUACGUUGGUCAACACACUGUUCAACACGUCCCUCUACCCACCCAAAGAGCGCAAGCCCCCAUCCCUCGAUAUCUCCAAGACCGUUUCGAUACAGUCGAUCAGCGCCGAUAUCGAAGAAAACGGCGUUCGUCUGCGAUUGACUGUUGUCGACACGCCGGGUUUCGGUGACUUUAUCAACAAUGAUGAAUCCUGGGACCCCAUUGUUAAGAACAUUGAGCAACGAUUCGACGCCUACCACGAACAGGAGAACAAGGUCAACCGCAUGAACAUUGUGGACAACCGCAUUCACGCCGUGGUCUUCUUCAUCCAGCCCACCGGUCAUUCGCUCAAGCCCCUCGAUGUCGAGGUGAUGAAGAAGCUGCACACCAAGGUCAACCUGAUACCUGUCAUCGCCAAGGCCGAUACCCUGACUGAUGAGGAAAUUGGCGAGUUCAAGGCUAGGAUUCUUGCUGACAUCGCCCAUCACCGCAUUCAAAUCUUCGAGGGACCUCGCUACGAGCUCGACGAUGAGGAGACGGUUGCCGAAAACGCCGAGAUUAUGUCCAAGGUUCCAUUCGCCGUUGUUGGUGCAAACGCCGAGGUUUCCACUGUCGACGGUCGCAAGGUCCGCGGGCGUAGGUACCCAUGGGGCAUCAUCGAGGUCGACAACGAGGAGCACUGCGAUUUCGUCAAGCUGCGCCAGAUGCUCAUCAGAACGCACAUGGAAGAGCUCAAGGAACACACCAACAACUCGCUGUACGAGAACUACCGCUCGGAGAAGCUCAUCGCCAUGGGCCGCAAGCAAGACAUGAGCGUGUUCAAGGAGGUCAACCCAGCGGUCAAGCAGGAAGAGGAGCGCUCGCUCCACGAGGCCAAGCUCCAGAAGAUGGAGAUGGAAAUGAAGAUGGUGUUCCAGCAGAAGGUGGCGGAGAAGGAGAGCAAGCUACGACAGAGCGAAGAAGAGUUGUACGCCCGUCACCGGGAAAUGAAGGAGCAGCUCGAGCGACAAAAGCAGGAGCUCGAGGAGAAGAAGACGCGCAUCGAGCAAGGACGGCCUCUCGAGGAGAAGGGCAAGAGAAAGGGUUUCUCGCUCCGCUAA